AUGACCGAAGACGACAACGAGAAAAUAUCCGCAGGCCUGAUUAGGACCACAAUCGAGACAAACGUCCGGACGAUGGAAGACCGCACUCACUGGCGCUGUCGCGCGGUCACUGUGGAUCCAAGAAACACUAACCGAAUCAGAAUCGCGUGCCGCGAUGAAGGCAAACACCAGCUAGUCAAACAAGUGGCGGAAGCAAAGAUCGAGGCGGGAGCCCGGGUGCUUCGGGACGAGCUUUACACGAUCAAGGUCGACAGCGUCAAGAGGGCUGCAGUACUGGAUGAAAACUACGACGUCCUAACAGGAGCCGCGGUUGCCCUUGGCGAGGAGAAUGAAACCACAAUCGCCAAAAUAACGUGGCUCAGUAGUAAAGAAGCCGCAAAGCCCUAUGGAUCGAUGGUCUUCGACUGA